UACGUGGAUGAAAGAGCGACUUCAUUCUAAGGCAGUUGGGAAUCCCCGGUUCUGUGCCAUGACGCUGGAGUGUUAUCUAUUGACUGGCCAGGCUGACAUGGGUGGAGAGGGUUCCCAGGGUAAUUGUGUUCGACCUUCAUUUUACAUCCUAGGAUGAUUGUAUUUAAGUGUAUUGGUGUUUCAUGUACAAUGUUAUCCAGUGUGUAAUUGAAGACUCAAAAGAGGAUUUCGGAUUCAUACACAUUCUAUUUAUACAAGACCACAUGCAACCCAGUGUACAGACAUCGGGGCCCAUUAUUACUGAUGUAAACACACAGUUGUGAAUAAUGAAACCGUUCAAUGGACAAGCGAAGAUGUUAAACGGCACAGGUGAGCACGGAUGGCUUAAUACUGUGAAAGCUGGGUACAAACGAUUGAUUUUGGAUAAGGUUGGACCCCCAAUACCAGCGGAGAGGGGCAACACUCUUCUUAUAGACAUUUUGAAAAGCCUAGGGUGUAUGUUUUCCGUAAUUGGCUUAAUCACGACGAUGAGGUGGAUGCUGUCGUCUGCGUCCACAAGUGUUCUCUUGGAAAAUGGAUCGCUGACGUCAGCAGACCAGUGCACUGACAUAAAUCACGAGAAUUGCCCGUGGUCUCACGUGUUUUCAGACUUAACCAAUCGCCUUCAUUUGAUGGAAAUGGCGUUCAAGGAGCAAGUGGUUGCGCGAGAAACAAUUGAACGUGAAGUCAACAACCAAUCGGAUUUGAAUACAUUUUUGAACGACAAAUUAGCGUCGUUCAACGAAAAAUUGGAAAAUAUCACUAGACAAUAUGAAGAUAUGGAAAAUAGGGUGUCACAGUUGGCUUCAAAGCUAAGAUCUGACGAAAUACUUGGAUUUGUUUUAUUUCUCCUCAUUAUGACCGAGCUGAUCUUCAAGCUGGAGCCGAUUGUCCGCCAUUGGAUAUCGAUGCGGGGAAUCGUUAAGGCGUCACCGUCAGUGUCAACACCACGCAAGACCAAUGGAAAGGACGUUUCUGUUAAAAAGGGCUCAUCUGGAGGAUCGACACCAAAACAUAUUUUCCUGCGGAACGAGAUGUGUGUGCUCCUGUUUAGAAAAGAAAACAACAACAUAUUUACUUCAUUGAUUGAAGCGAUGCUUAAGAAUUUUACCGAAGUAAAACUAGCCUCAAACCCAUUCUUUAUCAUAGAAAACCUAAAUGACGUCAAGAAUGUGCCUCCGGUUAAGUUAUUCGUGGUGAUCUGUGACUGUGAGGUGUCGUCUGGUAAAACCAAUGGUUGGGAUCUACACCUAGCUGCCAUUAAAGUGCUAAGGACGAUCACAGUGAAUGUCGUCGUCAUUGUGGCUAACGAUGAGGGAUCCAAGAAGAUGGUGGCACAUUCUAUGUACAAUGAAAAUCUUCGCCUUGUGCAUCAUUUCGACUUACUUCACGACAUUGCAGCCAGUGGCAAGCUAUUUUCCAUGUGGCAGGAGAUGUCCUCUCACCAGAUGAGUCAUCUUCGCAAGUACAUGAGGACUGUUUUGAACGUAAGGCCGAGUCUUACGCCGGUCAGAUGACUUACAUAAGAAAAGACGGCGCAAAACUCGUGGAGAAUGCAAUAUAAUCAUGCAGCUUAUACUGAGAACAACAACGUUAACGGAAUUAUAAGACGCUGCUUAUUGGUUUCAAGUGAAUCUUGAAAGUGUUGAAUGAAUGUAAUUCAUCUUGAUAACGAUCUCAAGUAAUAUGCCUUGAAUGAUACAAGUAGAAACAUUGAAGAACGGGGUAUAUAUGUAUAGAUGAAUGGACGAUAACUCUGUCUUAGUACUGUGAGAGUUGUCGCACUUCACAUAUGCAAGCUACAAGUUAAUUUUGAAAAAGUUUUAGUUACAGCAAAACAAUGUUUAAUGGAUGAAAAACUGCUACCUGAUCGCACUCAUUCAAAUUUGAUUUGAAUGUUUAACAUUAUAUUGCCUUUCAGUAUAUUUAGUCACCUUCAACUGAUACAAAUCUGACUACGCACUAUAUAUCUGUACACAUUACGUGUCGUUCACAAGUUGGCAGACCUGUGACGUGUAAAUAAUGAAAUAUUAGCGAUUGUCGUAUAGUCCCGUUGGAAAUCAUUUCAAGUUUUCAUUUCAGUGUUUAAUGAACUACUUGAAUUGUACCUUUUCUAUACGUUUCUGUUAAUAAGAUAAUGCCUGCUUCAUUACGUGUAAUACAUGUAUUAGGUGAUACAGAAAUAGAACAAUACACACUAGGAUUUAAUCCAGUGUCACUGAAACCAGUUCAGUCCUCGUCCUUUCGAUGUUUGCCAGUAUAGGCAGACCUACAACUUACGCUUUAUUGACGAGAAAAUAAAUCAGCGUGGCAGUUUUUCAUUCCUUGAUAAUCCUGAAAAUGAUCCACUGUAUAUAGCUUAAUUUACACAUUGCGUUCUAUAACACAAUUAUUGAUAUGGUUGACGUGACAUAUUCCAUUACCAUUAAUCUAAUUAUAAAAUACCACCGUAAUAUCAAUUUCCAUUGUCCCAUAUAUUCGGUGAUCGCAAAAUUUCUUUUGCAGCAAAUAAACUCCGUAUACAGUGCAGCAUAGUUUAAACCUUGUCAUGUCAGCUUGGGUUCCAAGUAUUCCAUAGCUAUGAGCGUUUGGGGUUAAUGAAGACGGCACAUGAAUUUAUAGUUAGUCACUCCGAUUCCUGGACAUUGCAAUGAUGUGGAUGAUGACGAGGUUUGACUAUGUCCUUCCUGACAGCUUACUUGGUGAGAUAUCGAAAGUUCACAUCCUCUAAACGUAUACCGCUGAAUAGCCUCUUUAUAAUGAUCUUGACAUUUCCUCAUUGGCUGAUAUUUGGUCAAAUGUUCUUUAAUUGUAUUUAUUGUGGAGAUUCAAAUCAUACCACGUGCAACUAUUACUUUUUCGAAAGAUCGCGUUCUGUACGCAUACCCCAUUUAGUAAUUGUUACUCGAUAAUUAUAUAGACUCAAGUUAUGUUAUAUGUCACGUUCUUAUUAGGUGGUAUUAAAGGGAGAAAAUUCAUUACUUAAAUAGUAAUGUAAUUUUCAUGGGAAAGGCAGGCAUUCCAAUUUACAAUUUCAAUGCUAGGGGACUACAUGUAUGUAAAGGCCCUGAUCAUGUAUAUUUGCUGUGUACUCUGUACCAUAUAUGUGAUGGUACGUAGGAGUGUAUCAAUAAAGAUGUAGCUGUGUGAUCGACAAUGAGUCUUUGAAUGCAAUUUUAUAAUAACUUUAGUUUAAACAUACUGCAUUUACAAAACUACAGCUACACAAAGUGGAUCAGAUAUAUAUGUUUUACUUUUACCAACUUAACAAGUUAUAUUUGUGACGGAGAUGUUACAAAGCAUGGACCUUUUUCUGCCCUCUCGCUUUCUUUUGAAAUUCACUUAUAUCACUUUCGCCGUACAUUAGCUUAUUUUGUUUGCGUUAAAUUAUAUUUGGUGCUAGGUUUUAAUUUAGAUAAAUAUUGGCUCGGUUUCGAGGUUCAUUAUCCUAACAAAGGGGAUAACAGUCAAAUGUGGAACACUGACAGACUUGUUCACAAUCAUUGAAACUUAAUUUUGAUAUACUGUAAGUAUUGUGGCAUUCAGAAAAGAUCAUCAUCAGCAAAUAAUGGUAUUGGAGAUGAUAUUUUUCACCAUUUAUACCACUUGAUAUAUUCAAUUGAAUAAACUUUUAAGUAAUUGGACCGAGAUUUAGCCGAGCCCUCAUCCUGACACGUGUUGACUGUAAAAGUCAUCACCAUGCCACGUUAGACUCGUGUCAUCACGUGUUGAUUGUAUACGUCAUUAUCAUGACACGUGUGGAUUGUAUACGUCAUCACCAUGACACGUGUUGAUUGUAUACGUCAUUAUCAUGGCACUUAUUGACCAUGCACGUAAACGCCAUGAAUUGUGUUAAUUGUACAUGGCGACUUCAUGACACUUAUAGAUUAAACACGAUUUGACAGUGAAUUAGUUCGGGAGUGGUUUUGUAUGAUAGGUGAAAAAAAUGCGUAAAGGUUGUAAUGAUUGAAUGAAGUUACACAUAUUUAUUACAUACAUUGUGAACAUAAUUCAUUCAGGGAUAUAGUGUGAUCAUCAGUAUGGAUUUGCUUGGGUGUAUAUUAGGAGAACAAGACGGGUAUGAGAACCGGUGUAAACUAUAGUGGUUUACGUCUAUAAUGAUUCGAUUGUAAACAUUGUACAUAUGAACAUAAGGGAGUUAUUUAAUAAAAUACCAGUGAUAACAUUCAA